AAAAUAUAGUAAUGGAUAAAGAAGAAGCAGAGGAUAUUAUUGAUAAAUUAAAUGAAUUUAAACAAAAGAAAAAACCAAAAAGGCCCCUUGUUUAUGUAGGAAAUUCUAAAGAUAAAAGUAGUGAAGAAAGUAGUUUAAAUAAUGAGUGCUCCCAAAUCCUAGAAUCAGAAGAGAGUGAUUUAGAUGAUGAGCGAUAUCAAGAUGCGGAGAUUAAUGAAUUCCAAAAUGAUGAAAACAUAAGAACUACAAUUGAAAGAAUUGGAAAUUUGAUAAAAAAUAAAAAACCCCCAAAAGUUGAGUUAGUUUGA